GUGCUUGUUCUUCUCAUGGCACUGGUGCAUAGCAACACUGCAUCUUCACCUACUGUGAACAAAGAGGAAGAAGAAGAUCAUGAUGAACAUGAUGCUUCUGGCGAUGCCCAAGAGUAUGAUGAUGAUGAUGAUGAUGAUUUGGUCGUUAGAUCUUCCGACUCUGCCGGCGGGCGGUUGUUGCUUGGCAAGAAGAGCAGUACUCAUGGGUUAACCUGCAACAAGUUUCCAAAGAUUUGCCGCCUUAAGGGAAGUCCAGGAAGCCAUUGCUGCAAGAAGAAGUGUGUUAACUUGUCAGGUGACAGACAAAAUUGUGGCAAGUGUGGGAGGAAGUGCAAGUAUGGCUACAUUUGCUGCAAAGGGAAGUGUGUGAAUCCGUCUGUGAGCAAGAGGCAUUGUGGUGGAUGUAACAAUCGGUGCAACACUGGGGGGUUCUGUGUUUUUGGCCUUUGCAACUAUGCUUAGGCUAGAGUCUUUUUAUUUUAUUAUUUAUUUAUUUAUUUUUCUUUUGGUUUAUCCAAUGUACAAUUUCAUUGGUUCUUUGAUUUGAUAAUGGUGAAGAGAGAGAGAAAAAAAUCAUUUGACUUUA